UUUAACGAAGCUUGUGAGUUCCGUGUGUGUUAAGUGUUCGUUGGUGUUCAGUUGGUGCGCCUCGACUGGGCAAAAUCGCGUAAAAUGGAAACAGAAUUUCGUUGUGAGGUUGAGGUUGGCCGUUGAAAAAAGUGAACAUGGGAAGGUCCAAGUUUCCCGGGAAGCCGCCGAAGACGGUUACCAGGAAACGGAUCAAAGUUCUCGGUCAGCCCGAGACAGCCCAAAGUGAUUCGGUAACCGUCGCCGAGAACAUCUACUACGGACUUUCCCUGUUCAACGAAACAUUUGGUGACAACGAGAAGGAACAUCCACCAUUCCAUGGUUUUAGCACUAAAGAGGCUAAUCUUUCCGUGUCUUAUAUAAAAACACAACAACAUGACACAGAAAAUACAACUGUUAAAUUAUCAUCUGAUGCUGUUAAUAAUUCUAUGCCACAACAGAAUGAACAAAAUAUUACAGAUGUCAAAAAUUCUCCAUCGAAUACUGAAAAUGAUACAGAAAAAUUAUGUGAUAAAAAUAUCAAACCAGCAGAGGAUGACAAAAAAGAUGUGACACCAUUAAAUUCCAAACGUACUGCUAAAUUUCAUAGACCUAAAAGUCGCAGAAAUUGUAAAAAUAUAAAAUUCUCCAAUUUUAUGAAAACACCAGUAUUAAAAUCAGUGAAUAAUAUUUUAGACCAGCAUCAACGAACAAGACAAUUACGAAACAGUACUGCAAAAAGAUUAUUGCAAAGGGCUAAAUCUAACAGUAAUAAUGUACGUAAUAUAACAGCACAAUGUGGAGAUAAACCAAAUGCUGUAAGAAAAUUUAUUUUACCAGUUCGAAGUGCUCAUUCUUCGAGAGUUAUUAAACCAAAUAAAAGAUUUAUUGAAGAAUUAGAAGAAAUUUCUGGAGCAGAGCAUAGUGAAAAUGAAAUUGGUACACAUGUAAAGAAAGCUAAAUUUACAUUAAAUAAACUUUGUAAUCAGGAACCAAAAUUAAAAGAAGGAAAUAUUACUAAACUCUGUACAAAAUUAAAGGACAAAGAAGUGAAAAGUAAAGCCAAAAAAGUAAUUCAGCGUGUAAAUUCCAAUAUCCAAACUGUUAUACCAGCAAAAAAUCUUGAAAAAUUAACUCCUUCUAUACAAAACGCACAAGUAUCAAAAACUAUUAAUACAAGUGUUAAAAAAAUAAAUGUAUCGACUAAAAAUAAAAUAAUAAAAUCUUCAUCUGAUGAAUGCAGUAAUAAUCAAAGUGGAACGGCAAAUAUAACUCAUACAAGAAAAGCUCAAAAUGCAAAAUUAUCUAUCUCUAAAACCCAAAAACCAAUUUCUGUUCCUACAAAAGUUCUUCCUGAUUCUGAUGUUCCAAGUUCAGAGUCUUCCAGGAUCCAAACAAGGUCAGGAACUCAAAAUGAUACAGUUGACUUAGAAGUUCAGACAAAUUUUGAAGAUACAAUAAAAAUAAAAGAGAAUACCAAUGUAAAAAGUCAAACUAAUAUUGAUAAUGGAAAUAAAAAUACAGAGGGAAAUUCAGAUAAUUUUGACACAGAAAGUACAUUAUCUGAAAGUGGAAGUGAACAUAGUAAUCAUACAGAAGAUGAACAGUCUGAAUGGACUGGAAUGAAAUUAAAUGGUGGAAAAGUUAUUUUAAGAAAAGCAAGAUUAAAAUUAGAUAAUAAAUGUGUUAGUGGAACUGAAGGUCCCUUUUCAAAAACAAAUAAUAAUAGCAUUACAAGUGGAAACACUAACUUAGGUUUAACAGGCACCAUUAAAUGUGGCGUUUGUGGUGCUGUGCGAUUUUAUCGAUUCGUGAAACAGGCUCGAAAAUUUGGUAUUCAUAGUUGUGAAUCAUGUAGAAAGUUUAUCAGCAAAAUGAUUAAACGGCAAGCUUGUGCAAAAUCUACAAAUAGUGCCCUUCCAGUCCUUCAAUGUCAUAAAGGCGAUGGUUUAUGCUUAGUACCACCUGUUGUAAGAAGUCAACAAUGGAAUCUCAUGAGAUGUGUUUAUAAAGCUAGAUGCCCAGCUUGUUGGUUAAAAAUGUGUUUAAAAUGUUAUAAUAUUCCUUCUUCACUAAGAACAGGUUUAAAUACAUUGUUACCACCAAUGAUGAGAGAUCCUUUGAGUAUUCCAUUAACACUAAGUCAAGAAGAUAAUGAUAAUCAAGGACAAAAAUUAAUAUCUUCUAAGUUAGGUUGGCCUGCAGAAGAUAGUUCAGAAAAGAACUUAUUCAAAUCAGCUAUGAGUUGGAGAAAUAUAGAAAUAGGUCAAAAAACCAGUUUUCAAGGCACAGGUGGUUUUCUAUAUACAAAAUUAGACAAAUUUGACUCAUCAUUGAAUAUAUCACCUAAUAAAAAAAGAAGAAAAAACAACAGGAUAAAAGUGAGAAAGAAAUUGAAAAAUCCAAUAUUCUCUGUACCAUCUUUAAAUCAAUGUCCACAACCUCUGAGGCAGAGACUUGAAUUGAAGGGACCAAGAGUGAAACAUGUUUGUCGAAGUGCAAGUGUUGCUCUUGGUCAACCAAUUGCCACUUUUCCUUCAAUAGAUGGAAAAGAAGCUACUGAAAGCAAUAAGCACAUUCCGAAAACUUCAAAGGAAAAUGAUAGGAUAGAGAAAAAGGAUGAAACAAAAGAGAAAGAAUCACAAAAACAUAAUGAUGAAAAUACUACUGUAAAUCAUAAUACUGCUAGUAUAACACAACAACCUCAUUCUAAGAGAGGAAAAUCACAACAAAAUAUACCAACAUCAAAUUUUCAAGUAUCUAAAUCAAAUAAUGAUACAUUACACACAGUAUCUAUAGAUUUUUGGGAACAGUAUGAUCCUACAGAAGUUGGAGCAAAAGGUUUUGCCCUUAUUGGUUCAGAACUCUUUCAUAUUCCUGCUAUUUGUUACCUUUGUGGAAGUGCUGGAAAAGAACCACUCAUCCACUGUCAAUGCUGUUGUGAGCCAUAUCAUGCCUUUUGUUUGGAACCCAGUGAAUGGAAUGCUUGUGCUCAACCAAACUGGUGCUGUCCCCGAUGUACAAUAUGCCAAUCCUGCCAUCUAAGAUCUGGUCCAAAAUUGUCUUGCAUUCGUUGUCGUCAAUCAUUUCACCAUUCGUGUUUGUCAAAAUCUGGUGUUAGUGCGAGACUUUAUAGUCCUGAAAGACCUUAUGUGUGUCAAAGCUGUGUUAAGUGUAAGAGCUGUGGUAGUGAAGGAGUUAAUGUUCAUGUGGGCAAUUUACCAUUAUGCUCCAUGUGUUUUAAAUUACGUCAACAAGGAAAUUACUGUCCUUUAUGUCAAAGAUGUUACAAUGAAAACGAUUUUGAUACAAAGAUGAUGGAAUGUAGUGAAUGUUCUUAUUGGGUACAUGCUCAAUGUGAAGGGCUUUCUGAUGAACGUUAUCAAAUUCUUAGUUAUUUACCUGAUACUAUUGAAUUUACAUGCAGUCAAUGUUCCUCUAAUCCUAAUUCUGUUUGGAGAAAUGCCAUAGAAGCUGAACUUAAAGCUGGUUUCAUAGGAGUUAUAAAAUCAUUAAGUAAGAAUAAAAAAGUUUGUGCUGCAUUAAAAUGGAGUCCAAGGAAAGAAUGUUUAUGUAGAUCUGUUUCUAAUGGGAAAAAAUUGGAUUUUUCAAAUGAAAAAACAGAUUCAAAUAUCAAAGAAAGUCCCAAUAUAGAAGAAAUUGAAGAAGGUAAUAGUGAAAAGAAUAAAAAUACAGAAUUUGGACAUAAUAAUAAUUCAAAAUCUGAUUCAAUAAAUAAAUUGGAUGAAGAUCAACAAAAUGAUUGCACUAAUAGAAGAGGUUUGAGACGCCUUCGACAAAAAUUUCAUUUAAAAGAAUGUUCUGUUCGAGUAAAAAAUUGUGCUAUAAAGGAUAUUCAAGAUAAUGAUAAAAAGGAUUCGAUAAUUCAAGAAAAUUCAAGUAAUAAUUCAAAUGAUACAGAAUGCAAUUGUUUGGAUCAACAAAUUAUUGUUAGACCUUCGCCCACAUUGAUGUCGGUAAAACGAAAAGUUAAUAAUAAUGAAUAUAAAACAUUAUCUCAAUUUCAUUGUGAUAUGGAACAUGUAAUUAAUUAUACUGAAACCAAGGAACUUACUGAAGCUUAUCAUGAAAUUUUACGAGAAGUCUUUCCAUGGUUUAGUCCAAAAAAUAUUAAAAAUAAUGGAAAAAGUGAUGCAUUAACAGCUGCCAAGGAUGUUAAAGAUGAUAGUCUAAUUACAAAAAUUGAUGAUUCUAUACUAGAAAUAUGGAAAGAAGAAGUAAUGAAAGCACCAAAAGCAAUUGCAGCCAAAACAGCAAAUUUAUAUAACGUUCACGUUGAAGAUAGUAGAUCAUGUUGUUUGUGCAAAGGUUUAGGUGAUGGUCCAGAAACAAAAGAAGGACGAUUAUUAUAUUGCGGCCAAAAUGAAUGGUUACAUUCAAAUUGUGCACUUUGGUCUAAUGAAGUAUUUGAAGAAAUUGAUGGUUCUUUACAGAAUGUUCAUAGUGCUAUUUCAAGAGGUCGAUUAAUUCGUUGUUCAGAAUGCGGGAAAAAAGGAGCCAGUGUUGGUUGUUGCGCGAAAAAUUGUAACAGUACCUUUCAUUAUCCUUGUGCAAGGAAUGUUGGACUUGCUUUCAAUGACGAUAAAACAGUAUUUUGUUCUUUGCAUUUAAAUAACUGCACAGAUAAAACAUUACAAAAUGAAAAUGAAUUUAGUUUACGAAGACCAGUAUACGUGGAACUAGAUCGUAAGAAAAAAAAAUAUGCAGAACCAAGUAAAGUAAAAGUUAUGAUAGGUUCAUUGAUGAUUGAUUGUUUAGGUACUGUUAUACCUGAAUAUUCCGAUACAGUUGAAAAAAUUAUACCUUGCGAUUAUAAAUGUUCUCGAUUAUAUUGGUCUACAGUAAAUCCUUUUAAAAUUGUAAGAUAUUAUAUUAGAACAUAUAUACAAGUAUAUGUACCAGAAGUUUCUUCCGAUAUAGAAAAUAAUAUAACUAUUGAUCAUUCUAAAGAACAAGAAAAAGAAGAUACAUUAAAUAUACAAAAAACUGAAUAUUUAGUUAUUAAACAAACUUUAGAUGCUUUAAUUGAUGCAGUAUGUAAUAAAGAAGUUGAUGAAAAUCUAGCAGAACAAAAUAAUACAGAUCUUCUACCACCAGAAUUAAAGGAAGCUAUAUUUGAAGAUUUGCCACAUGAUUUAUUAGAUGGUAUUUCUAUGCAAGAUAUAUUUCCAAAAAUGACAUAUGAAGAUUUUUUGGCAAUGGACUUAAAAAAUGAUGGUACUUUUGCAACUGAUUUAUUUAAAGAUGAUAUGUUGGCAUCUGAAGUAGAUGAAAUUAUAAAACCACCUGAAAGUAAAGUUUCUAAAAUAGAUCCUCCUUUAGUAGAAUUAGGACCGCACAAUGAUUUAUGGGUUCAUUUAGAAACUAAAACUUCUGUUCAAGAUUUAAUGGAUGAUUUAUUUAGUUCCAAAAAUCAAAAACGGGGAGGCAGAGAAUUAAAACGAUCUAAAUCAGAAGUAAUGUCAAAUAGUCCGUUAAUUGUCGGAGGACAAAGACAUCAUCAACGAUCUUGUAGUUUAACUUGGAGUUGUAAAUUAGAUGGUACUUAUGGUCCCAGUAUAAAAAGAAGAAAAUUAUCUAGAAAUUCAAGUAUCACAAAAUCGAACGAAACAAGCGUAAUGGUAUUAGAUUCACAAAAUGAACGGCCACCUACAUUACAUGAAUUAAGAAUUCCAGAAAGUAUCAUGGUUACUGUGGGCAGAGCUAAUACACCUAAUAUUUUAUCUGAUUCUAUGCGGGAAUUGAAAUACUGUAUUGAAGAUGCUAAUGGUAUUAAUCGUAGAGUAAUAUCUACUAGUCGUGAGGAAACUAAAGAACAUAAACGACUUUUUUGGCACGCGAGGCAACAGCCGCGGAUAUUACAAGUUGAUGGGCCUGCUGAUCCAAGCAGUGCUAGUGAAUGCAGUUCACCAGAAUAUAAUAUUGAAGAAAAAACUACAGCAUUAUGUAUGGCAGAACAUUUAUCAAUUCCGCAAUUAGAUGGUAUCAACGAUGAAUCUUCGUGUGACAGUAACGAAUUUACUUCAUUUUCUGAAAAAGAGUUUAAUCCUUGUACAAAAUCUUCAAAUAAUAUUUUACGAUCAAAACGAAUAUAUGGAUUUAUUAGAUCACAUAUUACAAAAUCUAAUGAUAAAUCACAAAAGACUAAAGAAAAUGAUGACUUUCCUAAUUGUCAAAAAUAUGCAAUACAACAAACUAAUUUUAAAGAAAAUAAUUUAAAAUUGAAUUUAGAAAUUCCACAAUUAGAUGGAGCUGAUGAUAUUUCCAGUGAUGACGAGUGCAUAUCACCACAACAUGUUGAAAGUGAAAGAACUACUAUUACUUCUCAAUGUGAUGCACCAUUUGAUCAUAUAGAUCGUCCUGUAACUUGUAAACGAUGUCGUUGUACAUAUAGAACACAAGAUAGUUAUAAUAGACAUUUGACAAAUUGUGAUAUCAUGAUAACAAGCGAUAGUGAUUCUGAAACUAUGGAUAAUAAAUUAGCAUCACCUGAUUCUAGAUUUUCUCCAAGUAUUAGCUCUGUAUCUCCACAAUUUAUAACAUUAUCUCCAUCUGAAGGGCAUACUCUUUCAUCUGAUUAUCCAGAUAUACAAGCUACUUCUCCUUUAGAAGCUUCUGUACCAUCACCUCAUCCAGCUAUUCAAAUCGAACCAAUAGCACAAGCAAUUAUUACACCACAAAUUCAUACGCAUGCUACUGUGGAAACUGUUCAUCAAACAGUAUUAACAUCUAAUGAUAUGAUUGUACAAACACAGUAUACGAGAACAACAACUACAUUACCAAAUGCUUCAGUAUUACCUCAAGAAAGUACUGUUCAAAUAACAGAAAUUACAGAUCCACCAUCUGUUGCAAGUGAUUCUAGUAUAUCACAAAAUAUCAUUAAUACACCCAUGAAUUCUCCAGAUGGUGCAAGCUCUCAAACGGUUCCAAGUCCACAAGUAUCACCUACAUUUUCUUCUACAGGUGUUCAAACUGCAACUAAUGAAUCACAAGCAAAUAUUCAGAUAACAAAAUUAGCUAAAUCAAAAUCUCCAAGAGCGCCAAAGUCUCGAACGAAAGGAAUAAAAACACAGAUUGUGAAAAAUACUAUACAACCACAUAAUGGACAUGCUAGGUUUCAACCAAUGCAAAAUAAUACUCCAGUUAUACAACUGCAACAAACUCAAAGACCAAGUGGGCCAACUGUUAUAUUACAACAAGCAUCUCCUGGUAUCAUGUCUGCAUAUGUUGAGACAUUGCAACAACAAUCUGGACAAAAUCUUCAAUAUGUAACAACAAUUGGAGGUCAACAUGAAACUGCAUUUAAACCGCAGUUUAUAACAACUAAUCAUUUAGUUCCUGGUGCAUACAUACAAGCAUCUUCUGAUAACUUAUUGGCAUUACAAAAUGGAGGUAUAUCAAUAUUGCCUGGUGUACAAAUUGCUCAAACACAACCAACAGUUCUUGGAACAAUUAUACAGCAACAACCUAGUGCAAUUCAAUGUGGAGUUAUAUCAUCUGAACAAUUAUUAUUAAGUUCAACACCAACAUUAGAAAUGUUUACAGAUUCUACAGGCAGUAUGUUUCUUUCAAAUCAACCAAUGUAUUAUGGUUUGGAAACUAUUGUAAGCAACACAGUAAUGUCUUCCAGUCAGUUUAUGACUGGCACAGUACCACAAGUGUUAGCAAGCAGUUAUCAAACAACAACGCAAGUUUUUCAAGCUUCUAAACUUAUGGAACCUAUUGUAGAUGUUCAGGCUGUUCCAGGUGUUCCCACUGUAACAGCAGUGCAAUCUGUACAAAAUGUACCUGGAGUACCUGGAGUACCUGGAGUGCCAAGUGUACCAAACGUUGCUAAUGUAUCCAAUGUACCCAAUGUAACCAAUAUAGCCAGCAUACCUAAUGUACCUAGUGUAACCAAUGUACCUAAUGUUCCAGCUGUACCCGCUAUUCCGAAUAUAUCUGCUGUACCCUCUGCAUCCAAUGUAUCUAACGUAUCCAAUAUAUCAAGCAUAACAAAUAUAUCAAAUAUAUCUAAUGUGCCCACAAUACCCAGUGUAUCUAAUGUGCCUAGCGUACCUAGUAUACCCAAUGCAUCUAAUACACCUAAUAUACCUGGUGUAUCACAUGUACCUAAUGUACCUGGUGUAUCUAACAUACCCAGUGCACCUAGUAUAUCUAAUACACCUGGUAUAUCCAAUGUAUCUAGUGUAUCAAAUGUACCUAAUGCAUCUGGUAUACCUAACGUACCUACCGCAUCUAGCGUACCUGGUGUAUCUAAUAUACCCAGUGCAUCUAAUGUGUCUAAUAUAUCCAAUGCACCUACAUUACCUAGUACUUCUAAUGUAACUAAUAUAUCGGCGAUACCUAAUGUUCAAAAUGUAUCUAAUAUUUCUACCUUACCACCUAAUGUAGGAAAUGUUUCCGAUAUACCUACAGUACCCGGUGGUUAUGUCGUUGUAAAUCAGUCAACAUCUAUACCAGAACCUGUAACGCCACAAAUUAAUAUUUCUGCAACAUCUGAACAAACCUUUGCCUCAACUACCUGUAAUGCCAUAUUGCCUGUAUCAUGUCAAAAUGUUGUAGAACCAGUGACAUCAAUACAGCUACCAGAUACAUGUUUAUCUGAACCUCAUGCUGUAGUAAGAGUAACAUCGCCUCCUAAGUUGUUGCAAAACUCAAUACCAACAAUACCAAGGGUAGCUGUACGCCCAAGUCCAGUUUCCAACUCUAUUAUGCAACCUAAUAAUGGACCAUGGAAAAUUACAGAACCAUUAUUUGGUUCGGAACAGAUGAAUACUAACGUCCGACCAUAUUUUGACUCAAAACAUGUAUCAGAAAAUACCAGUAUGAUAAAAUCUAGCAUAUCAUCUAAAAUACCCCCCUUACCUAAUCAUUGUAUAACUCAAAGGGAUAUAGUUGUAAAUAAGUUAAAUCAUGAUGUAAAUAAUGUGCAUAAUAAUUAUAGUAGUACUAUACCGAAUUCAAACAAUAUUAAUAUAAGUACAAGUAACAAUCCAGUGAUUGCCAGCUCGGCUGUACAAAAUAAAAUUACAAUGUCUACAAGCAAUGUACCAACAAGUCGACCGAUGAAUAGAGUAUUACCUAUGCAAGCCGUAACUCCGAAACAGGACACGACAAAAGUCAUGCAAAAAACAGAAAUGAUUAUAGAAGAACCAACGAAACCAGUAAUUAAACCAGCAGAACCAGAACAAAAGAUUACAGAAUCUAAGAAACAAAUUGUUGAAGCAGUAGCCCCUACAAUGAAGAAACCGGAAACGACUAUAAACAACAUAAAUGAAACUUUGAAAUUAAAUACGGAAGCGAUCGAAAAAGUAAAAGAAAAUCUGAAGUUGGAACUGGACAAAGAGAAAUUACAGAACGCUUCGUUAAAAAUAGUGUUACAAAAGCAAUUGCAAGAUGGUUCUUAUAAAAUUACACAUAAUAUGAAAGCAAUGACACAAAAUAAGAAAUCUCCACAAGUAACAUCUGUAGAAAUAUUGCCGUCAAAACAAGUACCACAAAUAGCUUCUUUGCAAUUGUUACCGAUAAAAACAUUCACGUUGAAAACGAAUAAGAUUGAGGAAAAAAUGAAACCAAUUGAUAACAAAUUUAACAUGUUAAAAACAAAGACUCCACCAGUUGCUGUUAAAAAGCCAAGAGUGAUUAGUAAGUCUAUUAAAUCUGUAAAGCCAACUUUACCAAAUCUACAAACAUCAAGAAACACUUCAAAGGGACCGACGUUGAUGUACGAAAUAAAAUCACAGGAUGGAUUCACUCAUACCGCUUCCUCAAUGACUGAAGUAUGGGAAACUGUAUUUCGAGCCGUGCAAAAUGCUCGAAAGGCUCAUAAUUUACCUCCAUUGCCUCAUAAUCCUCUCAUUGAAAAUUUAGGCUUGGAUAAUAAUGCUACGGUGUAUCUGAUUGAACAGUUACCGAAUGUAAAUAGAUGCACUAAAUAUAAACCCCGAUUUCAUAAUUUAGCACCGCCUAAGCCAGGAGAAAUAGAAAAUGAUUUACCAAAGGCGUGCGAUAAUGGUGCUGCUCGCGCUGAACCGUUUAAAGGAAGAAAAGUUCAUGAUAUGUUUAGUUGGCUCGCAUCGAGGCAUAGACAACAGCCAAAAAUGAUUGCUAUCUCUGAAGCUGAGUCCAGGCGAGUGGCAAGCACAAAUUUACCAAUGGCAAUGCGUUUUAGAAUACUAAAAGAAACAUCGAAAGAAUCAGUUGGAGUGUAUCAUUCUCAUAUACAUGGUAGGGGUUUAUUUUGCUUGAGAGAUAUUGAAGCUGGAGAGAUGGUUAUUGAGUAUGCCGGCGAGGUAAUUCGAGCUUCGUUAACUGAUAAACGAGAGAAAUAUUAUGAUAGUAAAAAUAUAGGAUGUUACAUGUUUAAAAUCGAUGAUCACUUAGUCGUUGAUGCUACAAUGAAAGGAAAUGCAGCUAGAUUCAUUAAUCAUUCAUGCGAGCCAAAUUGUUACUCGCGUGUAGUGGACAUCUUAGGUAAGAAACACAUUUUAAUUUUCGCUCUCCGUCGCAUUAAUCAAGGAGAAGAGUUAACGUAUGACUACAAAUUUCCUUUCGAGGAUAUCAAGAUUCCAUGUACCUGCGGUUCCCGCAGAUGUCGUAAAUACCUCAAUUGAGACUGCAUAUACAGCUAUCGUAAGCAGCCAACCGGCACAGCAAAAAAAUAAUGUGCUAUAAUUAUGUGCGCUUUGGAAUAGGAUUCAUUUUAUUGAACGUUAUUCAUUUAAUCAUCAAACUAUUUUCAGAGAUUGCAGCUUUUUAUUACUAUAAAGGAAAUAGAUAUACAUUUAAAAUAUUAGAAGGCCAGAUAUAGUACAUGAAACAUCGCGUUAUGACAAUGUUACUUUAAACAGCUACACUUCGUAGUUGAUUUAAGGGGUAUACUUAUAGCAAUAAAUGAUUGAACAUGUCCUGCUUUCGUACCCAAUGAGUCUCGCGUGCUUCAUCACGUUAAGGCUCAUGAAAGUGUUACUUUAUCCACGCCUGUGCUUUUAUGCACGUCUUCUAGACUCUACUUAUUAUCUACUAUUGAGGCUUAAGUGUACGAGUUAUCGUCACUUUACACUAAAUCGAAAAUGUUUUUAGUUUAUAUUCAUAUAUUAUUCAUAAGCUAAAAGCAUUUAUAUAAAGUUCUCUUUUACAUAAAUUAUUUUGAUUUAUAUAUUUAAGAAUUCUAUGCAUAAUUGGACCAAGUAUGAAAUUGAAUUAUAAAAUAUAAUUAUAAAAUAUAAAUACAGCAUAAAAAUAAUAUGUACUUAUAAAAGAAAAUUAAUGACUUUCCAUGAUUGUCAUUUACAUUUUUUGUCAUAUAUGUAUUGAAUAUAGAAACACGUUUAACACGUUAUAAAUACCAAAUAUUCAUGUUCAGAGAAAAAUUUGUAAGAUAAAAAGCACAUGAUUUUAUUGUAAAUUUCGAUUUUAUAUGUAAUGACAUACAAUUAAAUAUUUUUUAAUAUUUUAUGUAAAUUUAGAAUUUAGUGUACAGUGUACGACUAACUUUGUGACAUUUCAUGUCUGAUGUAGGGCCAGAUUUCAAAUGUUCUUGUAAAAUAUGUAAUUGUUAGAUUAGAUACUGUCUUGAUGUAAGUACAGCUACCAGUUUAACUUAAGUUAGUAACAUAGAUGUUAAGAAGUAAAGAAAGAACGCGCGCGCGCGAAAAAAUGAGAGAGGGGGAGGGGAAGAGAAUGGCAAGAAGGAACAGUUUCCUAGCGUGGGAUACUGUGAAGGUGUACCUACUUUGGCAGACAUUGAUGAUAUUUUAAGUCUUAUAGUAGUGAUAAAAAGAAAAAGAUAAAAAAAAAAGAUAAAAAUGAAACAAAUAGGGAAUUUGUUUCCCACAGAAAUUGAAGCCUGUUCGUUUGUUUUAAAUGAAGGAUUAUGUACGCGCAAUAUUAUUUUGAUAUGUUUUUAUAGAUUUUUAAACGAUGCACCUAUACGUUUGUGCUUCCGCCUUGCCAAUAUUACAAUAUUAAUCUUAUUACUUUAUUUUUGUAUUUAAAUAAUAUGAAUCGCUAGAAAAAAGAAACCUUUUAUUUUACAAAAACUUAAUAGCAUACUGCUCAUGUAUAAGAGAUUAAUCAUAAUUUUUAUAUGAUUUCUGUCUAAAAUUUUUCUACGAUUCGUAAGAGGCAUAUGUAAUCACGUGAUCAAUUAUGUUAACAGAGUGUAAAAAGAUAAUUAGAUCAUUGUUUCGAGUAAACUUUUCUAGAAUAUUAAUAUUUCUAGGAAAUGUUUGUGAUAUUUUCCUACACUGGGAAAAGUUAUAAAUGUUCUUUAUAGGAAUAUAUUUCAGAUUUUUACGGAUACAUCACUGUAUACCGUAAAAAGCACCUUUCUGUGAAAUGCAGUUUUGCCUUACCUUUAAUGUACCUACGCUUUAAACCCGGUGAUAGAUUUAGAUAUACCCCAAUGACUUAUAUUCAAACUGAAAAAAAAAAAAAACUAAUUGUGUCUAUGCAUCCAUUAAGCUAUGAUAAAGUAUUUUAGUGCGGUUAAUCAAUUUCUGCCGAGGUGGUUGUCCCUUAAAUUUGGUGCUCCAUGGACACCGUUAAGUGCACUUUACACGAAAAAAUGGCCUAGAGUAAGAAAUAGUAGGUGGCAGCGAAAGAGUUUGAUAAUAAUAAGAAAUGCAUUAUACGAUGAAUAUUGAUCGCGAAUUUAUUUAACGAAAUAAUAUAAAGAAGUAAAUGAUGGCAGGAACAUUAUUUGAGCACGUUCGUCGUUCGUGCAACAUUUUAAUCGGCCUGGUUUGGUACAAAAUGCGUAUGCUGAUUUGUAAAAAGUUAUAAAACAAGGGAAAGAAAUAGAAACUUGUUCUGGUCACGAGAAAUUGCCAUUUUUUAGGUAUUUUGAAUCUUUUUUUUUUUCUCUCUUUUUUUUAAUAUUAUGAUUACCAAUAAUUAGUGACUAUUAUUGGAAGAUGAAUAUUGUUAAUAUAAUAAUUAAUUAAUUAAUUUUAAUCUGUAAAAAAAAUAAUAUGACAUAAGAAAAGUAAUUUACUUGAAAAUAUAAUAGCAAUGUUAGAUAUUUUAUUGAUAUUUAUUACUUAUGGAUGACGGUUUUAGGGUUAACGAGAUGUACUAAUUACAUUAAACAUGAUUUAGAGAACAUGGUGCACAUGAUGGUCUAAUAUUGUUGAAAAGAUACGAAUGACAACUUUUUUUAUGGAGGGAGGGAAGAGAAUAUCCUUUUCUCUUUAAAAAAAAUGCAUUCUUGUAAUUGUUACAUAAUAUCAUCACGAACUAUUUGGGAUUAUGAAAUAUAUGCAAUGUAUUUUACUAUACUUCAUAUUCCCAUUCACAAAUUAUAAUAACUGUGGUGAUUGUAACAAUAAUUUAUAAUGGGUAUAUAUUUACACGUGUCAGUAGAUAAAUUAAGAACACUGUUUUUUAAUUAUUUUUUUAUUUAUAAAAUCUCCAUAUAUAAAAUAUUUUAUGCUCUAAAAGAAAGAAAAACAAAAAAUAUAGAUUUUAGCGUCCGUAUGAUACGGAAAAUUAUGUUCUAUGUAUACUUCUCUGAUAAAAAAAAUAUUCAGAGUUUGUCGAGCGCUUUUCUGAAACAUACUCUGUAUCUUUUUAAAUGAUUCCCUAAUUCACGAAAUGUGUACAAGAUCCUUAGUAUUACGCAUCCAGCCUUCAUUAUUAUGGUUAUUAUUAGUAUUAUCAAUUAAUUAUAAUCUACAUGAAAAGAUAAGCAUAAUACACCACCACUCAUAUUGUGCACUGUUUGUUUAAACUACACCCGUCAGCACCUUUGAAAAGUGAUUCGUGUGAAAAAGAGCAAAAAUUUUUGACGUUAGAGAAAAAGAAACAAAUAUAUAUAUAUAUAUAUAUAUACACAUAAAUAUAUAUGUAUAAUCUUCGAACUUGAAUAUGUAUAUGUAUACUUUACCUCGAGAUAAAUUUGCUUUAGGUAAUGAAAGUGUUGGAUAUUUACUAGUUUGGUGUGAUAAUGAAACGAGUGGUUAAGUUAUUCAUGGAACUGUACGGUGCCCGUUAAUACUUUUUACGACAAUUUCAAAAACAUCGCAGCGUUGCAUCCUCUUGUAAACGAGAGUCAUCUCUUCGAGUCUUUGGGUUCUUCGUUUUAUUCGUAAAAUUAAGUAAUUAAAAGAAAAAAAGAUUGAAAUGUAAAACGCUUCUUAAAUCAUGUAUAAAUAAAAAAAAAAAAUAGUAUUAUUCUAACGUUUAAACGAAUUGUAGAAUUUUGAAUAUUGUACUUGUUUAAAAGAAAAAGAAGAAUACGAAGAUGAUGAAGAAGAGACAGCAAAAGAAAGAUAAAAAAAAAAUACUAUUGAAAAAUUUAAAAAUUAAAAAAAAAAGGAAAGAAAGAAAGAAAAAGGAAUGAAAGGAAAAUUGAAAAAAUUGUCUGUGAUUAUCAGUCAUAAUAAUCUUUAGGUCAACAUAUUUUUUAGAGAAUAUUUUUUAGCAAAUUACAAAAUUUAUGAUAUAUCCCUAUUAUUGAUAUGAUAUUGGAUCAGACACGCUACGCAUAAUAUUAAAAAAAAAAAAUUGAAACUGUAAAAGUUGCAAACUGUUUAAUAGAAUUAUGAAUAGUUGAGAUCGAUGGCUGUUGUAAAAUAUUCAGUGUUUGGACAAAUAAUUAUUAAAAACUAUUUAUAAUAUUGAUUAAUAUUGAGAUACGAUUAUAUAUUAUUGUAUCGCAUACUAUAGUAGCGUUUCUAUCUCUUUUGCGUUUGCAUAUUCAUCGGAAUAGAUUAUAGAAAAGAAUUGGUCGUAGGCCCAUACAAGACGAAGUCGUGAUGAAUGUAAAAUUAAACGAAGAGACGCUGCGGGCAAAUGGGACGUAUUUACUGCACGCGUUCAGCGUGUAAAUUGUCGUUAUAAAAUCCAUCUACUUGUAGAGAACUUAUGAAAUAAUCGUAAUAUUUACAUUAACCAGAUGAUAUGCAUACCACAUAGAGACGCAUAAUUAAUGCUUUCAUCACACAAUACAUAUAUACACAUAUUUACAUAUACAUAUAUUUACAUAUGACACAUACAUAAUACAUACAAAAAGAAAAUACAACACACCCGUACCAUGUUUUGUAAUUAAAUGUUUUGUUAGUAUUAUAUGAGAAAUUAACAGAAUAAAAACACAAGUGGAAAUAUAAUAAACAUGUUCCGUGCUAUGUAAAAGUACCCUACUACUACUGUGUUAUAUCUAGAAUGAAAAUUGAAGCGAGAGAGAAUUCUGGUUUUGCUUUAGAAUUCUCAUUAAUAGCGAAGAUAGAUUUUUUUCUGAAAAUCUGCUGGUCUCUAAAACAGCCAGUAUUCGAUUGAAAUGCUGCGAGAAAAAGAAAAGCAAAACGCGACUCUCGCUUAUAUCUCGGUAAUUUUAAAUAUUGUCAGCGCGCAAUUAGUUUAAGCAUAAAGCGGCAAUCUUAUCUCCUCUUUGUCUGUUCUCACAAACGGGUAGACUGAGCAAGUACCAUAUUGUAAUCUACGAUACCACUUGUUCAUUGUAACAGCGACGUGCGUUAUAGGUCAUGCUUUUUCCACGUGUGAGAAUCCUCUGUUUUUUUUUCUUUCUUUUUUUUUAACGUGCGUAUUCGGUUGAGCGCGCGUCGCUGACUCAUGCACGUUGCUCGAAUGUUGUUGUGCGUACCUCGUAUAAAAUGAAAAGAAAAAAAAAAAAAUUUCUUCGAAAGUAGAAUUAAUAUGUGUGUGAAUUUGCGCUUAUUCGAUGAAACGUCCGGAGGUUCGUGCGUCGCUAGUUUGGAAGACAAAAAAGAAAUAGUAAAAUCGUAUAAUAUAAUCUAAAAAAAAUUUAUUGAAAAUAUUUGAUUGUCAUUCGAUAAUCCAGUAGUACUGGAAAUUAAUUCAAAUGUUUUUCGAGGAACAAUUACAUGAAUCAAGUUUAUGAAUACUUAAACAAACGAAAAAAAGAAAAAGACAAAAGAAUGAAAUUAAAUUCUGUGAUUUUUCGGAGAAAAGUCAGUAUUAAGAAUCUCCAGAGAAACAUAAAUUCCUAGGAGCAAUAAAUAGUCGAUUCCGAACACUACGACUCUUGUAAUAAUAAUCAAUCGGCAUUACAGUAAUGUAUCGCAUUUAUCUCAUUUGAGUAAAAUACAAUUGCGGGAUAAGAUACGGCGGAAAUCGUAGAAGCAAAGUAUGUUGUAACGAUAGGCAUACAUUAUUAUCGCUAUUUUCGCGUGUAUUAUUACUGCACAGUCCUUCCACAAACUAUCUUAAUCACAUUAUUAAACGAAUAUAACGUAAUAAAAUGUUAGAUGAUGUAGAUACAAUGUAAAUAUGGUAAUGUAUCGCUUGACAAAUGAAAUUUUAUUAAUACAUUCGCUUGUUUCGUAUUUAAAAAAAAAAUAUAUAUAUAACAAUGCUACAAUUAUUAUUUAGGGGUGCGCAUUACAAGUUUAACUAAUAAUUCUCAGAAAAAGGGAAAGGUAUUUUUAAUAAAAAUCAAUUAUUAAAUAAUUCAAUGUUAUUUAAGCGUAAAUCAUAAUCAUUAAAAGUAUAUAAAAUAAAUAAUUAAAAAAACUAGUAUUUAUUGUCUUAUCGAUAAUUUAUAUUAUUUUAAUAUCAUAAAUAUUACGAAUGAAUUCGUAUAACUAUCAGAGAUUAUAAAAGGCACAUUACUGUGGCAACAUCAUCAUGCUCGAACAUUUCCGUAGAACAGUGAAUAACCUCCUCGUUCUCACGUACGGACACUUAAGAAGCAUGGUUCAUCCUACUCCCUCUCCUUUUACUUACAACUUCAAGAAAGACUAAGCGUUACAUGCGGCAUUCGCCGCUCUUUUCUUUCUGUCUUUGUUCUUCAACUAACAUCAAAGCAUAGUUCCUUGUCACGCGUAUUCUCACAACGAAGGUUUGGUGGUUCCACUCACCUCCUCCCUUUCCUUCUUCACCACCUCCAUCAUUUCCACUACUAUCACCAUCUUUUCCACCUCUUCAGCAGCGCUUUCAUGCAUCCCUCUUCGUUCCCACAAGCAGUGGACGACAAGGUGUUAGUCACCUCAAGGACGUUCGCUGUAAUUGGGAUAGGUCGGAUAGAUACGUCAGAGAGGGGAAGAAAGAAUAAGAUAGAAAAGGACGGAACUAGGGUAAAGAGAGGGAGGUACGUUACGAGUAGAUAAGUGGGGGAAAUGAAAGUAGUAAGAGUGAGACAGACAUAGAGUUAGAGAGAACUAGUGGCGAUGCGUGCGUUUCUGUAAAUGGCGCCUGACCGAGCAUCGCGCGUCACGAUUCUCUCUUUCUCUUUCUUGUGGUAGCCGUGACUAGGGUCCGUGCGCGUUGUAGCCGUGGUGCAUCAGUCCUGGACCGGAGGUUGUGCCGUAAGAUACGUGAAAUCCCAAUGCGAGUGCACGGUUACCGGUGACAUCUUUUUCUUGUGCUUGGAUAUGGCGUGUUGUGUUGCAUUUGUCGUAAGUGAACGUCAAUGCUAGUGGUACUUGGCGUUGAAUUUGCAUGCAUGCAACAUGGAAGAAGGUGCGUUGGUGCUACGAUAGUGGUUUCCAAGCGAGGAGAGUUCCGCGAUAGCAACGCCGUCUGUACACGGAACGAAGAGUAUAUCGGCUGUUAUCGCCUCCUACUUCUCCUCUUCUUCCUCCCCUUCUUCCUUACCCUUACUAUCAACACGCAGCCGCCUCUUCGCCUUUGUUCGGACUCGCGUGAGCUCGUUGCCACGGACACUACGGAGGCCGCAGGUAAAGACUGAUUCAGGGCCGACAUUGUCACAAAAUAUGAGAGUGAAAGAGAAAGAUAGAUUAAAAAGAGAAUGCUUAUCAUGACGCUCUGUCUGAGUUUCAUUAUUCUCGGUGAGAAGAACAAACAAAAAGAAUAAAAAGUGAGGUUAGGAAUUGAAUCUGUUCGUAGUCAGCAACUUGGGUGAAAAUGCAAUUAAGUUUCGUUCCACUCGGCUGACGUGAAACUGUGCGCCAACGUAAGCCUGUAGGUAUAUCUACGCGUAAUAUAUGCGAAUGAAAUACGAAAUAGUAGUAUACGCACGAUGUGACCUGAAAAUAGAUGUUCAAGAUAGACUGAGAUGGAAAGAGGUAGAUGACCGUGGAGUUUUUUAGACAUUGUAUAAUCUAAUUUUUGGUUAGUGUCAAUUCUAUUUCGUAGUACUAUGCUGCCAAUUAUUAAAUUAUAUUAAAAAUUAAGCAGAAAAUGUUAUUUUAUAAAAAUGUAAUAAUAGAAUAUAUAUAAUUUUUUGAAAAACAAUUUAUUUAAAUUCUUUGCAAAAAUUUUAUGAUACAUAGAUAUUUUAUGUUAAAAUGAACUAAUUAUAUAACAAACAUGUUAGAAUCCAGAAUUUGAAAAAAAAUACAAUCAAUAACAACAA